AUGAUCCCGACAGCCCUGAAGACCGAAGGAGAUCCCGCACCUCCUCUGAUGGAGGACCCGUGUCCAGGGCUGGCCGAGUACUUUGACCUCCACUCCUCCUCGCCGGGGAACCUCUCGACAUGGAACGGGAGCUGCGACUACUCCUACGCCCUCGGGGAUGGGGACGGAAGGGCCCUGGAGACAGGAGACCACGCCCGCCUGCCCGCCCGCGUCUUCAUCGGCGUGGCCCUGGCGGCCAUCAUGCUGAUCUGCGGCCUGGGCAACAGCCUCUUCGUCACCGCCCUGGUGAGCUGCCGCAAGCUGCGCAGCGUCACCAACGUGCUGAUCGCCAACCUGGCUGUGUCCGACCUGCUGGUGGCGCUGGUGUGCUGCCCCUUUGAGAUGCACUACUACGUGGUGCAGGAGCUCUCCUGGAGCUUCGGGCCCCUGCUGUGCUCGGCCGUCACCUACCUGCGCUCCGUCUCGCUCUAUGUCUCCACCGACGCCCUGCUGGCCAUCGCCAUGGACCGGUACCUGGUGAUCGUGCACCCACUAAAGCCCAGGAUGAGCUCCCACAGGGCCUGCUGUGUUCUGGGCAGCAUCUGGCUCUUCUCCCUGCUGGUGGCGCUGCCCGCGGCCUACUUCAGCACUCAGACCCAAUUCGGCACGCUCCGCGGGUCUCUCGGCGACAAGGUCUACUGCGUGCAGAUCUGGACGGCCGACAAGGCCACGCUCUACAAGACCUACUUCCUGUUCCUCUUUUUCGCCCAGUUCCUCCUGCCCGUGCUGACGAUGUCGGGCUGCUACGUCCAGAUCUGCCACGAGCUGUGGUUCAAGCACCUGCCGGGGGUCCAGACGGAGCAGAUCCGCGGCCGGCUGAAGGCCCGGCGGAAAACGGUGCUGGUGCUUCUGGGCAUCCUGGUGACCUACGUCCUGUGCUGGGCGCCUUACUACAGCUACUCCCUCAUCCGGGACUUCUUCCCAGAGCUGCUGGUGCGAUUCACCCACUCCGUCACCCUGUACUACCUGGUGGAGUGCAUCGCCAUGAGCAACAGCGUCAUUAACACGCUCUUCUUCAUCCUGGCCAAGAACAAGACCGGCCGCUACAUCCGACGGGCCCUGUUCCGCCGCUGCUCCCUGCGGCCCCGCCCCCACACGCCCGAGAGGACCACCGUGGAGCAACACUCCGCCCCGCAGCCCGGGACCCACUGA